GGUUCAAAUCCCGUUUCAUUUACCUCUUGGGCCUUGGCACAGCUCGUUCUCCCUCACUCUUACCUACUCUCUACUCAUUCUUCUCUUUUGACGGAAUUUCUCGCAGGAGAUUGACGGUUUAUUGACCGAAAUCCGGCUGGAACUCGCUUUCUUCAAUACCUUUCUGGUUGACGCUUCCUUUUAACAGAAAAAAUUCCGUGAGGACAAAUCUGGUGGUCUGCUUCUUCGAAACGACGACUAAAAUUGCGUUUUCAGGAUUUGAAUCUUUGCAAUUCCCAUUAAGAUGAUCUUUAAGCCUGGGUGUAAAAUUCGCCAGUCUUAGUUGAAAUUGCACAUCACUUGUUUGUUAACGUGCCUAACAGAGAAGCAACUGAAUAUAAUCUAUGGAAGGAGUAAUAAUUGUGGCACGCUCUCUCAGUUUGAUCAAUGCUUAUAAUUCCAUUUGAUUUAAAGUAAUGAAACAUGCUCUGACACUGACAGGGCACUGCAAUUUGAACUUUACAGUUGCUUAUUGCUACUUAAAAUGGCCAGUGCUCGCUACCAGAGAACGCAAAAUGAUGGACUUGGGCCGGGUUAAUUAUUGAUUCUGCUAUAAUUUUGCUUUGGAACAAUGAGAUGGUUCAACGGUUUUUUGGGUAAAGUUGCAUCCUCUAGAUUUUUGUGUGAAUGCCAUAAAGGAGUUAAUUAUCAGCAAAAAUUUGGUCUGGUGAAUGUAAAGUUGAAAUGGGUGAAGGACAAGUCAUUGGAUGCUGUUGUGGCUGGUGAGAGGGAUCUUAGAGCAGCCUGCAUCCUUGUUUCUGUAAUUUCCUCUCUUUCACAUCACUUUGUUCCUAUUUACCACCUCUGCAGGCACCGUGGCCAACUUAAUUUACCUCAAGAUCUUAAAUUAUCUACUUUUAUCCGGAAAUACCCUACUAUUUUUCACGAGUCGCAUGUUCUUGACAGUGGAGGCACUCGUGUCCCUGCCUUUGGAUUGACUCCUGAAGCUGUUGAUCUUCACCAGGAAGAGCUUAAUGUUAUUCAGCAGAGUCAGAAGGAUAUUAUUGACAGGCUCUGCAAACUUCUCAUGCUUACUAAGCACAGGAUACUACCUUUACAAACUAUUGACCAGCUGAAAUGGGAUAUGGGAUUACCGUAUGAUUACCAGGAUUCUGUGGUUCCACAUCAUCCUGGUUUAUUUUCUGUGGUCCAUCUCCCUGAUGAUCGUCUUGGCUUGAAACUUCUAUUCUGGGAUGAUCACCUUGCUGUAUCGCAAUUGCGAAAGAGCGCUGUUUUACAACAGAAGGAAACAGACAUUAAAAAUAAUUGCUUGGCAUUUCCAAUUAGAUUCACAAGGGGUUUUGGGCUGAAAAGGAAGUGCAUGAAGUGGCUAGAAGAAUGGCAGAGGCUGCCUUAUACUUCACCUUACACUGAUGCCUCCCAUUUGGAUCCACGUACUGAUGAGUCUGAAAAGAGAAUUGUUGGAGUGUUUCAUGAGCUCCUACACCUCACUAUUCAGAAGAAAACAGAGCGCAAGAAUGUGAGCAAUCUUCGCAAGCCAUUGUCUCUGCCCCAGAAAUUUACUAAUGUGUUUGAGCGCCAUCCUGGCAUUUUUUACAUUUCUAAGAAGGGUGAUACUCAAACUGUUGUUCUUAGGGAAGCUUAUGACCAUCAACAACUCUUGCAAAAAAACCCCCUUGUUGAUAUCCGGGAAAGAUUCGCAAGCCUUAUGAGUAAAGGAUUUUUGGAGAAGAGUAGGGGCUUAUACAAGAAGAUGUCUGGUGCUGAUCUGGAGAACCCAUCAAAGCUUGUAUCCCGUCAUCAACUCAGUGGCAUAGGAUAUAGUUCUGAACUGGAGUUAGAUUGUAUUUUGUUUUCCGACUAUGAGUCAGAUGACCCUGCUCACUGUGCCUCAUGAAUUCCGUAAUUGAAUAUCUUGGGGUUUUUAUGACCUACUCAGAGAAUUAGUUAAGUGGACCAGGUUCUUUGUAUAAUGCUGGGAGGUAUAUUGCUCUCCUUUAACUUAGGUUGAUUCUCUUGAUAGGUAAUGUGAAAAGCUUUGCUAUUCUCUCCAUAUUAAGAUUUAACUACAAACUUGAAAGAUGAGAUGCAUGUUGGCGGGCAUGUCUUCAACAAUAUCUAUUUACUAAAGCAAAGAGGUAGUCCCCUAUAUCUUGUUGGAACCCUAUGUGUUGUAUACAAAAUUGCAAGUUUAGAGGCUUUCAAAAUUAUUGGUGAAUUACACAAGUUAUAGAACAAUAUUCGGAUUAUUAGUUUAAUACUCUUUUAAUUGGUUGAAAUUACAUUUUAUAUCUAGCAUGUCUAAUGUACGCUCUAUUGGGAAUGUUGUGUAUAGCCCUUGUAUCUAAAAUAUCUCAUGAAUAGUGUAAAACAAAGGAAGCUUUUAUUGUAAGUUAUAUUAUACAUAGUUGAAUAGAGAU